UAGCUGUGCAGCGGGUGGCGGCUGAGGCGCUGAGCGGCCCGAGGAAGAGGGGGGCGUGUGGAGCCUGGUUUCGGGGCGGUGGGAGCCAGUGGGGGCCCGGCGAGGAGGGUGGGAGGUGGCGGGGCCCGGCGAGGCCGCGAUGAAACCGAGCCGCGAGGACGAGGCGGCGGCCGCCAGGGGCCCCUGGGAAGAAUGCUUCGAGGCGGCGGUGCAGCUGGCGCUACGAGCGGGACAGAUCAUCAGAAAAGCCCUUUCUGAGGAAAAACAUGUCUCAACAAAAACAUCAGCUGCGGAUCUUGUGACAGAAACAGAUCACCUUGUGGAAGAUUUAAUUAUUUCUGAGCUGCAGAAGCAGUUUCCUUCACACAGGUUCAUUGCAGAGGAGGCUGCGGCUGCUGGGGCCAAGUGUGUGCUCACCUCCAGCCCCACCUGGAUUGUGGACCCCAUUGAUGGCACCUGCAACUUUGUGCACAGGUUUCCAACCGUGGCAGUAAGCAUUGGAUUUGCCGUGAACCAAGAGCUGGAGUUUGGAGUGAUUUACCACUGCACAGAAGAGCGGCUGUACACGGGCCGGAGGGGCCGGGGAGCCUUCUGCAAUGGCCAGCGACUCCGGGUCUCCAGGGAGACAGAUCUCUCAAAGGCCUUGGUUCUAACAGAAAUCGGUCCCAAACGUGACCCUGCUACCCUGAAAUUAUUCCUGAGCAACAUGGAGAGGUUCCUCCACGCCAAAGCUCAUGGGGUCCGCGUGAUCGGGAGCUCCACCUUGGCGCUCUGCCACUUGGCCUCAGGGGCUGCAGAUGCCUAUUACCAGUUUGGCCUGCACUGCUGGGACCUGGCCGCUGCCACCGUCAUCAUCAGAGAAGCAGGUGGCAUCGUGAUGGACACUUCAGUUUUGUCUUUGAAGAUAUAGAGCCUACCCAGAGUCUGACCACCCAGGAGAAAGCCCAGAACUUCUCUGAGUACUCAGUCUUCCUUGGCCCAAGAGCCCUGGUCUUUCCAAGCCACUGACUAGUUCCAGAAGCACACUUACAGUCAUCUUUGAAAAGACUAGGUUUUCUUUCAUCUCUGGAAAUUGCUCGAUUUGCCAUUUUACUGCUUUGUCUGCAUCAAUUUUAUUCAGUGGGACUUUUUAAUAAAUGGUAUGGCUUUGUUAAUAGAAGUUUAAAAUGUACACUCAAGUCUCACCCAAUUGCUGACUGUUCUUUUAGACUUAGACUUGCAAGAGUUUAUUUUUUCAGAAUAUAUUCAAAUAGCUCUUCUGACUGUAUGCAGAUACACAAGAUAUUCCUUACAUUCUUCAACAUUUGGAGGUGUAAUGCUCAUUAAUGAUGUAAUGUCAUUUAGUUCUUACAUGCAGAGAAGUAACUUUCCACAGGAAAAGCCCCUAAGACGGCCCUCAGGGCAGAAGGAUCCCCAGGAGGGCACAGCUUGAAUGGCUGUGGGCCUCCAGCGUUCUCACUCACCUACCACCAGCCCCCAAGCCCCCAUCUUCCUGUUCUGCCCCACAUGUGCUUUCAAUUUCUGGUGGCUGACUUACAUUCCAAAGCUGAGUUUAAUAAGCUUUGCAUGAGUUUGGAGAGAAGCUGAGAGACCCCUUGGAGAACAGGGAAGUGCCUGAGACCCUGAGGCCAUAGGCCAGGCCAGAGCACAGGGCAUAGCCCACCAAGGCACCUGGCAGGUCCUUGACACCCACCCAAAUGCCCCAGCCUCCCAGAAACCAAAUGAGACGCUCGCUUUGGUGAUUUUCAAAGUCAACCAACUGCUCACCGUAUCAUUUUGACUUCCUUGCAAAAUAAUGUUCACCUACUCUAAUGAUUACAUUCAUUUAGAAUUCCUCUCAUAGGCUUUACUUUUGCUCUAAUUUUUCUCCUUUGUUUUAACAGUUUUACUCAAAGCAUCUCAUGUACCAGUCAUCAGAUGUUUUGGUGCCUUUUAAUAACCCGCAAAAAGGUAAAACAUUUGUUCUAGCAGAUCACUAAAUUUCACUAU